AUGAUCGGGAUGGUCAGAAACCUCGGCUGGCGAAGUAUUUGCCUUCCAUGUUUGUUUGCUUGCAGCGAUCUGUAUCCGUACCUACUGUUAUUCCGAACCGCUGUCUCCUUUCCGAGACAUGCUCUGUUAGAAAAUUCCCUCCCCUGGCCCGCUGCCCAUGUAACGGCAAAAGGCGAAGGGCUGGGCACAAACCUCUUCUCGAGGGAUCCAGAUCCCAACACCGAGAUGCUCCGAGCAUCUCCGCAGCUGGCUGCGGCUGGCUGCAGGCCCGCUUCUCCUCCGGUGCCCCUCCUAUGCUUCCGUCCCCGUAGUUCGCCCCAUCUAGAACGUUCACCGGUCAAAACGGCUGCCCGCAGGCCCCGUCGCCGGCCACGGUGCACUCCGGUGAUGGUCGGACGAAGCUGGUUUUAA